AUGUCUUGCUACGACCUGUGCUCCACCUCCGCCUGCGGCGUCUACCGUCCCCAGCCCCUUGCUGACAGCGGGAAUGAGCCGUGUGUCCGUCAGUGCCCUGACUCCACGACUGUGAUCCAGCCGCCUCCAGUCGUCGUCACCUUCCCCGGCCCCAUCCUCAGCUCUUUCCCCCAGGGUUCGGUUGUGGGAUCCUCUGGAGCACCCGUCCUUGGGGGCUACGGGGGUCUGGGGGGCUAUGGGGGCUCCUCCCUGGGCUACGGGGGUCUGGGGGGCUAUGGGGGCUCCUCCCUGGGCUAUGGGGGUCUGGGGGGCUAUGGAGGUCUGGGGAGCUGUGGAGGCUCCCUGGGUUACAGGGGCCUGUAUGGCUACGGUAGAUCUUAUGGUUCUGGCUCUUGCAGCCCUUACUCCUACCGGUACAGCAGGUACCGCCGUGGCAGCUGCGGGCCCUGCUAA